AUGGCGGAGCUGGAGACCCAGCCCGUGCGCCGCUUCUCGGCGGAUAACCAAACGGUCUCCAAAUCGGAGAUACCUCUCAAGGAGCGGUUCUUCCGCUACUUUCAGCUCGAAAUCACUGCUCUUCAACAGCAGAUGGAUCGACUGGCCGAUACCUCCCUCAUAGGCGGAGAGCGAGCCGAUGCUACCGACCACUGCCUUGCAGGCAUUGUACACCUCUCCAACGAAGUCAAAGAUGCCGCCAGUUACAUCCCCACCUAUGACCAAAGAGUCUAUGCUGAAGCAAUUAAAGCCCUACAGGAGAAACUCAACGAAACACGAGCAGCUUUCGAGCCCCGAGCCAAAUUCAGCUUCAAGAGCAAGAAGAAUGCAUCCGGGGUCUCCUUGUCCGACGCGGCGUCACUGGCUGUGAAUGGCCGUCGAGGCAUCCCCGGCUACCAAUCUCCGGGUGCCUCUUCCAUGGGCUCUUCUACCGCCAAUACUCCAAAUUAUCCCUCUACACCACUGAAUGAACCCGACAAGCAGCUUCAGGAAAGACCAGAAGUUGCCCCAACUUCGUUCCCCGCAGCACCUGAGCCAAACACCAAAUCCAAGUCGUCACCCCAGGCUAAAGCAACCAAGACAUACGAAGUCCAGGGAGUCUCCAACGUAUCCGUGGACAAUCAUAAAGGCCUUCACAUCAUGCUUCCGGCCUCUGGCUCUGGACCCACAGUGCCGGCUUCGAUCACCUCUCUUGAACAUUGCGUGGUCGACAUGUCGAUUCCGACCGCGGAUGGCAAGCCUUAUGCUAGUCUUACCGUGAGAAAUAUUGAGGAGAGUCUGUUGAUCUGUGGACAAGUGAACGGACCGGCGCAUAUCACAGGAGUCAGCAAGAGCGUCAUCGUGGUCUCGUGUCGUCAAUUUCGCAUGCAUGACUGUUCUGAUGUGGAUGUCUAUCUGAGCUGUUCAAGCAACCCGAUCAUCGAGGACUGCUUGAACAUUCGAUUUGCCCGGAUUCCGAAGGCUUAUGCACUGGAUCAUGAUCGCCUCGACCAUGAGGAUCGUUGGAGCCAAAUCGAGGACUUCAAGUGGAUCAAACCCGAACCGAGCCCGAAUUGGAGCCUUCUCGAUCCGAGCGAUGCCAUUCCAGAAGAGGUGUGGGCGGAGAUUGUGCCAGGUGGUCCGGGCUGGUCUCUGGAGGAUAUUCUCCAUGCCAUCAAGUUAGUCAAGAAUUGA